AUGGCCCACAAAUUUUGGCCACUCUUUGCAAUAGUUAUAUCAACACUAAAAGGCGGGGAUGGUUACUUCUUGGACACAAAUGGUGAUAUGGUUGACGGAUGGACACAGUCUUGCAGUGGGGGUUACCAUAACCGUGAAGAUUCUGUCUGUCCCAACGUGGAAAUGCCCUCGCUAAUUCCGGCGGACGAUGUCAAUUGUCAUGAUGGAUUUUGGACCCAAUGUUAUUCCGGUCAACCAAUACCAGAAUGCUCCAUCACGUUACGCAAUUCGUCUUCUUCUUUGCCUACAAAAGUUGGAAUUUUGGCGUACAUAACUGGAGGCGCAUCCCUUACGCUCACGGUAACUUCCCAGAAUUCGAGCGUGAAAGAUAUCUUUAUAUCACACGUUGGAUGGACCGAUCUCUACAAUUUUAUUGACAUCUCGUCAUAUUCUCCAGUUCAGGAAAUUAAAAUAACAUUGUCGUAUCAGCAUGUCAGGUAUUAUUCAGUUCUGGAUCAAGUGUUAGUUACUGAUGAUACUGAGCCUACAACUGAAGAACCAUCAACGACCCCCUUAUGUUUGUCUUCAAGUCCGACCACGCGAACCUCUUCUGUACCGACACAAACGUCUACACCUGUCAGUGAUGGGUCAACCUCUUCGGCGACGGAUGAUACCACCACAUACGCUAAAACAUACACAACGCAAACAGAUGAUGCGAGUACAACCACGACCGUUUGGACAAGCCAAGGCACCCCAGAAACAACAACCACCUCGACACACGGGUCCACAGAGACCCCUUUAACCAGUACGAUUAAUGCGACACUAACUUCCGAACUACCACAAUCUACCGAAACAAGAAUCACAAGUCCAGUCACCUUUCCUCCAACAUUUAUCCCGUCGUCCACUAUUCACAGCACACCAUCAAAUGACAAGGACUGGAAAAUCCCAAUAUUGUUCAUUAGUUUGGGGCUUCUGAUACUGCUUUGUCUCAUUCAAUGCUGCAUCAAAUGCAUGCCAAUUCAAUGGUUAACAAAACCAAAAAGUGAAAGGAAUAUAUCACAAGAACAAUAUAACGUCAACGCUCAAUCUCCGCCGUCACAAUACGCAUCACCUUAUCAAUUUAAGAAUUUGCCUCACAAUUCUCCACUAUAUCCACAUAAUAAUCCCACGCCUGGACCAGGAAUAGGUUUUAAAACAAUACCAAUCAACUUCAACAGAUACCCAUCAGAGGUUACUGGCAAUAAUAACUUUAAUGGAGAUCCAAGAUUAGCUAUUCCUUCUCAGCAGCCAAUUCUAAAUCCUUUAAACAAUGCGAGCAAUUUUCACCAGGCAAACGUUAACCCGUACCCAUAUUUUUCUCAAGCAGACAUUUCUGCCGAAUAUGGAUAUGGAAUUGGCCAACAAUACUUUCCAAGACUGUCCAGAAGACUUGUUUAA